AUGCCUACCGACAAUAUCCGACUGAACGAUGAUGAUGAUGAUGAUGAUGAUGAUGAUGCUGCUGCUGCUGCUGCUGCUGCUGCUGCUGCUGCUGCUGCUGCUGCUGAUGAUGAUGAUGAUGAUGAUGAUGAUGAUGAUGAUGAUGAUGAUGAUGAUGAUGAUGAUGAUGAUGAUGAUGAUGAUGAUGAUGAUGAUGAUGAUGAUGAUGAUGAUGAUGAUGAUGAUGAUGAUGAUGAUGAUGCCAUCAGAGGCACUUGUCCACCGGGAAGUCUGCGCUUGCAUCGCAAAAGCAUGCGCGGUUCCCUGCUUGGUAUCAAAUAUGUGGCAUAG